AUGAGGUUUCUGCCCAGGGGCACUAGAACCCUUGGAUCAGUACAGAAAGCACGACUCUGCCCCCACUUCCUGCACCCAGCGUCGCCGGCAGGCGCCAAGAUCUGCCCCAUCUGCGUUGCGGUCAAGCUUGUCCCCAAUCUCUGCAACAAGCUCCGAAUCCUCCCACCCCCGUUCGAAGGGAAGAAUGCGAAACUGGCACGCCGAGGGACGAUCCGGAAGGCGCGUAUUUGGGUGGCCAAUUACGUAAACAAUUGCGACGGGCAAGUGGAAAAGGAGCGAACCUGGGAGGCGGAACAUCGGGAUGUUGACGUCUCGAUGUGCAACACCGCCGCGAUGGCUGCGGAGAUGUGUCGAAAGGCUGUGGAUAGUCUGUACGACCAAGACGGCGAGAUUCCUCACCCCGUGGCUGCCGACACCAACCCCUCGACGGCGAAAACAGUCGGCUUUGUCCUGCCCAAGGGCGAGGAGAAGCAGACCCGCCAGGAGAACGGUCUCUUCUGCCGCAAUCACCCGGCCUACGAGCGGGGGAAGUACGCUGCACCAGAAGGGUCUGAGGGGUGGGAGGAUACGAGCUGGUACCGCGACCCCUCCUACUACUCGCCCAAGUUCCAGGCCCAACUCAAAGAAGCCGAAGAAGGGAAUGCACUCCAACGAAGCCUCUCGAAGGCCAGGGACGUUCUCCACUCGUUUGGACCUCCACCAACGACGCCACCGAGGACGCCGCCGAAAACCCCGGAACGCGAUCUCAGGAGCGUCUUGAAGCAAACACGGAGAAAAGACGCUGCUAGUGACUGGAUUGGGCCAGGUGCGACUCCCACGCCAAGAGAGCGGUACACCCUGUACCGCAAGCCAACAACUGGGGAGUUGCGAAGAUACCGAUCAACCCAGCCUGGCCUGUACAACCGAGAAACGUUCAUCAAUACAUUCUCGGCAAGUAACCAGCCCAAUUGGGCCCGGGAGCCGGCCGGUAUUCCAGUUGCAUUUUUAAACCCCCAGCCAACGCAGCUAGCUAAGAGCGCGCCCAAGUUCAGUAAGCCGCUUGCAGGAGAAGAGCACCCAGCCGGGCCCGACGCGAGUUAG